GCGUUACAAGCGGGCUCUUCUCUGCCUUGCAGGGGUGGCCGUCCGGCGGGAGGGAGCCCUGAACCGAGCCCUCGGCCAGGGAAGGAGCGAAAAUGGACAUCUCGCAGCUUCCCAGUGCACGUAUUUUCCUUUGUCAGGAUACGGGGCUUUUGCUGAUCCUGAUGGAAGUUGUGCUGUCAGCCGUCAAAGUGGACGCUGGUGGAAAGAAAUACACAGGACCGUGCGGAGGCAGAGACUGCAGUGGAGGAUGUCAGUGUUUCCCUGAAAAAGGAAGCCGCGGCCAGCCAGGACUCCUUGGAUCACAGGGAUUCACUGGACCACCAGGAUUGAUGGGGAUCCCAGGAGUGCAAGGUCCCAAAGGUCACAAAGGUGAAAGAGGAUACCCAGGAAUAACUGGACCUAAAGGAGAAGUGGGACAAAGAGGAGUCACUGGAUUCCCCGGGGCAGAUGGCAUUCCUGGUCAUCCAGGCCAGCCAGGACCAAGGGGGAAACCAGGUCAUGACGGCUGUAAUGGGACAGCAGGUGACCCUGGUGACUUUGGAAUUCCUGGAGUCUCUGGUUUCCCUGGUAGCAUUGGAGUCCAGGGGCCCAAGGGCCAGAAGGGAGAGCCGUACAUCGUAGCCCCGGAGAUCAUCAGCCGACACAGGGGAGAUCCUGGGGAUUCAGGGUUCAUCGGUUUUCCAGGACCUCCAGGUACGCUGGGUAUUCAAGGACCUAUUGGUCCAAGAGGACAGCGGGGAAGACCAGGACCACCAGGACCCCCAGGGCCCCCAGGACCACAAGGCAACAGGGGCCUUGGCUUCUAUGGAGAAAAAGGUGAACAGGGCCCCCCAGGUCCUCCAGGUCCACCAGGGCUUCCUACAAGAGAACUGAUGGGUGUCCCCUCUGACAAGCACAAGGGUGAAAGAGGAGACCCUGGACCAAGAGGGGAAGCUGGAAUUCCAGGUGUGCUUCUCUUUCCUCUCGAAAAAGGUGAAGAAGGGGUAAUGGGCUACCCAGGACAAAGGGGACUGCCUGGCAUCAGUGGUUUUCCAGGACUCAGUGGAGAAAGAGGUUUUCCAGGAUUUGAUGGUCCACCUGGUGGCCAUGGUCCCAGAGGAAGCAAGGGGGAGCUGGGCGAGAUGGGUCCUCCAGGGCCAGAUUCCUAUUUUCCUUCCCGCAUCCCAAGGAAAGGUGUAAGAGGUGAUCCAGGCUUCCCAGGUGUUUCUGGAUUCCCAGGAGACCGAGGAGAUGAGGGUGAUCGUGGAUUGCCUGGUCUUCCUGGAUUUUCUGAUGCGGAUGGGGAUAAGCCAGGCUUACCUGGAGAAAUGGGACCAAAAGGUGAAAAGGGUGAAAUAGGAUCUCCUGCUUAUUUUCCGGGACCGCCUGGGCUUCCUGGUAAGGAUGGCUCGCCAGGAAUUCGUGGUCCACCUGGUCCUGCUGGAGCCCCUGGUCCUCUCUUUGGAUUAAAAGGACGAGAGGGAACACCAGGUAGAUUUGGUACACAAGGUUUCCCUGGGCCAAGAGGACAAAAAGGACCUAAAGGUGAAGAAGGGGAUUGCACGACAUGCCUUUUGACUGAGGAACUCAGAAGGGGCCCUACUGGUCCCCGUGGCCCUCCUGGCUUUCCAGGAACCUCUGGCCAGCCUGGAAGGAAAGGAGAACCUGGUGAUCAAGGACAACAUGGUCUUCCUGGCUUCCCUGGAGCAAAAGGAUUUUCGGGUCCAGCUGGAUUUCCUGGACGGAAAGGCGAAAAAGGAGACUCUUUACACAUAACUACGAAAGGCACCAAAGGAAUCCGAGGAGAUCCUGGGCUGCCUGGAAUCAGUGGUGAAGAUGGUUUCCCAGGCAGAGAUGGAUUAGAUGGUUUGCCAGGACAGCCUGGCCUUCCGGGUGAUGCUAUCAGAGGUUUCCCUGGUGAUCCUGGUUAUCCAGGUGAAUUAGGUCCAAAGGGCUUUCCAGGAGAAGCAGGCCUGCCAGGUGAAGGAUUUCCAGGUCCAAAAGGGUUCCGGGGUCCUCCAGGUGACCAAGGACAAUCUGGAAACCCAGGAGCUCCAGGUCUGCCUGGUCUGCCAGGGGAGCCUGGCCAACUAGACUGUGGGCAGGUCACUGAAGACUUUCCUAGAGGAGAUGCAACCGAACCAAUAUGGUCAGGUGCAGGCUGUGUAAGGCCACCAAAGGGAUCCCAAGGAAGGCCAGGAGUGCCAGGAGCCACAGGUGCAAAAGGUGCAAGAGGAUUCCCAGGUGAUCCAGGUCCAAUGGGUUUCCCAGGGCUAAAUGGUACACGAGGUGAUCCAGGUCGGGAAGGAUUUCCAGGUCCUCCAGGUUUUACUGGACCCAGGGGAGACAGAGGCCCAAAUGGUCUACCUGGACUGCAGGGACACCCAGGCCUUACAGGAAAAUCGGGAGCUCCGGGAGCACCAGGACCGAAGGGCCUUCCUGGUGACGUUUUAGGAGCAGCAGCAGGUUCCCGGGGGGAUGCCGGCCUGCCUGGCUUCCCAGGGCUGAAAGGUGCCCCAGGAGAUCAAGGAGUACCAGGAGCUAGAGGAGCCGAUGGUAGCCCAGGUUUGCCAGGAGCCAAAGGAGAUCCAGGGCCACAAGGUCUCCCUGGUUUGAUGGGAUUACCAGGAAUACCAGGAACACAAGGAUUCCCUGGUCCACCAGGAAACCGUGGGCCAGAUGGUGGGCCUGGCUCCCAAGGACCUCUUGGUCCACCUGGUGCUAGGGGAGAAGAUGGUGAGCAAGGUUUUCCUGGCCCCGUGGGCCUGAAAGGUCUGUCUGGUGACAAAGGUGACAUGGGUCUCACAGGAUUACCAGGUAUACGUGGUGUGACUGGUCCCCCUGGCAUAAGUGGAAUGGAUGGCUUUCCAGGAGAUAAAGGCUUGAAAGGUUCACCUGGCAUUGAUGGUUUCAAAGGCAUGACAGGCCUAAAAGGAAGACCAGGCAUCAAAGGAAUCAAAGGAGAAUUUGGCCCACUUGGGGCUCGGGGAGAUAAAGGCUCACAGGGUGCACGUGGCUUCAAAGGUGACCGUGGGGAUCAAGGCCCCCCAGGAGAGCCUCCAAAGCUCAUGCCCAGCAUGAUGAUGGAAGUUAAAGGUGAAAAAGGAGAUGCUGGAGAAAGGGGCACGAAGGGAUUAUUUGGCUUGAAAGGUAGCAAGGGGAUGCCAGGCCUUCCUGGAAAGACAGGAACCCCAGGAUCCCCUGGGUAUCCCAGCUACGUGGCUGGUGUGAAAGGAGACAUUGGCGCGAAAGGGCUGACAGGUGUGAAAGGGUAUCCUGGUCCCGCUGGUUCUCCUGGCAUCAGAGGCUUCCCUGGCACCACAGGAGUCAGAGGAGAAAAGGGCAUUCCAGGGAUUUCAGGCCAUUUUGGUACUCCUGGCACACAUGGAGAAAUAGGUGAUCGGGGAGAUACUAUAAACUUACCAGGAAUGCCAGGCCUUAAAGGGGAAGUUGGUGUGCCAGGCUUAACAGGCAUAAGAGGAGGUGUGGGACCAAAAGGAGAAGGUGGUGAUCCUGGUUUCCCAGGCAUUGAAGGCCUCAAGGGCAUACAGGGUGUCCCUGGCUCGGUGGGACAGGAAGGUUUGCCAGGACUGGUUGGCCCCCCAGGGCAGCAAGGAAGCCCUGGGACACCUGGAUUUCCAGGGGAAAAGGGAACUCCCGGCUGGCCUGGCUUACCAGGACAAGCAGGCCAGCCUGGCUUAAGAGGAAUCAGUGGACUGCAUGGCUUACCAGGCACUAAGGGCUUACCAGGAUCACCAGGUCCGGAUGGGUACGGCUCUGCCGGCUUCCCAGGUGCAGUGGGUGACAAAGGAGAAGCAGGAGAGCCAAGCAGAGUGGAAGGCAGCCGAGGACCUCCGGGCCAGAAGGGAGACAGAGGUGUUCCAGGUGUCCCAGGACCCUUUGGUAUUCCUGGGCAGGAAGGAUUUCCAGGGCCUCCUGGGAUUUCAAAUAUAUCAGGAUAUCCUGGUGAUAAAGGCUCCCGAGGUCUAGAUGGAGUGCCAGGCUAUCCAGGACCACAAGGGCAGCCUGGAAUACCUGCUCCACCUGGAAGCAAAGGAGAAAGUGGACAAACAGGUAGGACUGGAGAAAUUGGCCCAAAAGGAAGUAGAGGUGAUCCUGGAUCAGCAGGAAGACCUGGCCUGCCUGGAUUCCCUGGACCAAAAGGUCCUAGGGGUGAACAAGGUGUCAUUGGCUUCAUGGGUACAGUAGGAUUUCCAGGUGAUCUGGGACCUAUUGGACCCAAGGGAGACAGAGGAAUGACUGGCUUCCAGGGACCUCCAGGCUCUCCUGGGCUGCCCCCUCUUCCUCCAAGGCUGGUUGCUGAGCAAGGUUCACCAGGUCCCCGUGGAAGUAUAGGACCUCAGGGAAGCCCAGGAGAUUUGGGACCUCAGGGCCCACCAGGAGAUCCAGGUUUCAGGGGCUCACCUGGAGAGCCAGGACUCCAGGGCAGGGGUGGCAUUCCAGCUCCUCCUGGCUCCAGAGGGGAACAAGGAGGAAUGGGAUUUCAGGGUCCGGUGGGAUUUGAAGGUCAGCCAGGCCGCCCUGGUAGCCCUGGGCCACCAGGCAUGCCGGGUCGCAGUGUGAGCAUGGGCUACCUGCUGGUGAAGCACAGCCAGUCCGACCAAGAGCCAAUGUGCCCAGUUGGCAUGAACAAACUCUGGAGUGGAUACAGCCUACUGUAUUUUGAAGGACAAGAGAAAGCACACAACCAGGAUCUAGGGCUGGCUGGCUCAUGUCUGUCUCGUUUUAGCACCAUGCCAUUCCUCUACUGUAACCCUGGGGAUAUUUGUUACUAUGCAAGUCGAAAUGAUAAAUCCUACUGGCUCUCAACUACAGCACCUCUUCCAAUGAUGCCCGUGGCAGAAGAAGACAUUAAGCCAUAUAUCAGUCGCUGCUCCGUUUGUGAGGCCCCAGCUGUGGCAAUUGCUGUCCACAGCCAAGAAGCUUCUAUUCCUCACUGCCCUGAAGGCUGGCGCAGUCUGUGGAUUGGAUAUUCCUUCCUUAUGCACACUGCUGCUGGUGAUGAAGGUGGAGGACAGUCGCUGGUUUCUCCUGGGAGCUGCCUGGAAGAUUUCAGGGCCACUCCUUUCAUCGAAUGCAAUGGUGCACGUGGAACCUGUCACUACUUUGCAAACAAAUACAGCUUCUGGCUCACCACCAUCGACCAGCCCUUCCAGAGCAAGCCCUCGGGAGACACACUCAAGGCAGGACUCAUCCGAAGCCAUAUCAGCAGAUGUCAAGUCUGCAUGAAAAACUUAUAGAAGUCUCUCACAGCAUAAGGAACCACCUUAUCAUGUAUUUCUUACACAGAGGAGCUUCUGUGGUGGUUAGACAAUUGAAUAAAUCAUGUUGGUGCUUUUUU